GUCCUGAAGGGCUGGGUUGGCGAGGAGAAGGGCUUCGACCCGCUGGGUGUCACCGAUGCUUUGCCGGUCUACUGGGUCCGUGAGGCGGAGCUGAAGCACGGCAGAGUCGCCAUGCUGGCCACUGUAGGCUGGAUUGCCACUGACCUUGGCUUCCGCUUCCCUGGGGACAAGUUCCAGGCCGUGGCGAACUCCGUUGAGGCCGGG